AUGAGCGACAUCGCUACGUCCCGCGCGGAAGUCAUGGAGACCGUGUACGAACUCUCCCGAUUGCUCAAUACCGGUCUAGACCGCGACACUCUGGCCAUCCUCAUGGCGCUCAUCCAAAAGGGCGUCAAUCCUGAGGCUCUAGCUGCAGUAGUAAAAGACCUUCGGAAAGAAUCAGCAGAGUCAGCAGCCACAGCCACUAAUCACCACCACCACCACCAAGAGACCGAAGCUCCGCGGGAACGGACGUUUAUCGGUGGCAAGCAGCCGCUGUCGCCUCAGGAACUCCAGGUCAGUCAGAAGAAACAUCGGUCGGACUACUAG